UUGUCAGCUGUCAUUGAAUUGAAAGGACACGGACAGAGCUUCAAGCAAAGUAAACUUUAUUUUUCCGCUUUAAAUUUUAUUUACUUAUUGUUGUGUUAUUUAGGUUUUAGUUCACGUAUUUCAUUUAUAAUGGAGGUAGAUGGAGAUACGCCGAAUUUAUCAGACUACGCGUCUACGAAUGGAGUUGGUAGGAGUAUCACAAACAACACAGAAGUGAUUGAGACAAUUGAUAUCUCUGACUAUCCUGUCAACAAAAAGAAAAGCAGACUUUCCAAUGCCUACAACAAGGACUUGUGCAGAGACAACCAACCUCUAACAGAUUUCAUAAACAAAUGUCUAUUACUCGACAGAACUAACGGCAUGGAAACAGUUAUCAACAAAGUUUUGCUUCCAUCUUAUGUUAAAGCUGAUAAAGAAUAUAAAGAGUCAGAUAGAUUUAGAAGAGUUGUUACUAAAGCAUUUAAAAGACUGAUAGAUGAUCCUGAUAGAAAAUACACUCAUAUUAGUGAUGUUGUAGAUACUUUGAAGUUUCAUGUUGAAACACCACCUCAAUGCAAAGUCUCACCUGUAAAAAAAAGAGUAAAUUUUAUUACUCUUUCUACUAAAGUUUCAGUUAAACCCAAUGAUCAUGACAGGAAAAGACCAAUGAUUCAAAGUAGCAGUAGAGAAUGUCCGCCGAAGAAAUCAAAAUCUGACAUCAUAGCCCUGGACUGUGAUGAUGAUGAUGAAGUUGUACCGAUAGAAGAUGAAGUUCAUAUUGGUAAAAAGACUAAAAUUUCCAAAGAAAAUGACAAAAGUGAAUCAAAAACAGAGAAAGAAACUGUAGUUAAUUGUGAUACUGAUACAAUUGAAAUACAAGAUAGCCAGGAACUAAAAAUAACUGAAGGAAACGAAAAUGAACAUCCAGUAAAUGAGUUGAUUGGUAAAUCUAACGCUAAGAACAUAGACGAGAAAAAUAACACAAUUGAACAUGAAAAAGAAAAUUUAGGAUCAAAUGAAAACUUAUUGCUAGUCCCACAUAAAGAAAAGAUUGUGAGACUAGAGAAACCAAAAUUGAAAAAGAAGGUACCUCCUAAACGACCUGAAGAAAUGACAGAAGAUGAGAAAGCCAGAAGGAUUAAAAUAAUUGAGGCCAAGAUAGAAAAGCAUAAUAAAACUAUUGCUAAACUUGAUUUGGAAGAAGUCACGGAUGAUUCUGCAAAUUCGCCUUAUCAUAAAUGUGAUCUGUUACGAGCAGCAAUCGUGAAACUAUACAAAGAGCUAUGUACUCUAGUUGGAGAGGAACCGCCUAAAAGGCGAAAAAUCCAGCUUCAGAUCAAAGAGGGUGUACCCCAGGGCCCUAUCAAGAGGCUCGAGAAGUUCCUCAACAAAAGGAUGGAUGAUGAAGGCGAGACACCUUUCCCGGACUUUAGUGAUGUGGUCAGAUGUGUGGAGAAAGCUAAUGAGGCGGAUAAUCUUGGGUGGAGUAAAGCGAAAAUUAUGAAAGAAGCUCAAUCAAUAUUCACAUACUGCGGCCGCGCGCUUCAGAAGAAGCGUCAGCAGCGUGAAUGGAAGCACCUCCGCGCGUUAGCGAGGCCGGAGGAGUUCGAGGCAGACCCAGCCGAGACAGACCUGGAGCUGCAGGCGAGGCUUGAGGCCAACCGCCGCCUCGCGAGCCAGCGGGAGGCCGAAGUCUUCAACAAAUUCUCGCAAUUGGAGGACACCCCAGAACCGGCAGCUUCAACAAGCGUUCCUCAAGAACCCUCAGAUCACGAAGACUGUUCAACCGACGAAGAAACUGAACCAACUCACCCCACAAUACUUAAAGAGAGUGACCCAACUCACCCCAUAAUACUUAAAGAGGGUGACCCAACUCACCCCACCAUACUUAAAGAGAGUGAACGAACUCACCCCACAGUUCUUAAAGAGAGUGACCCAACUCACCCCACAAUACUUAAAGAGAGUGAACGAACUCACCCCACAGUUCUUAAAGAGAGUGACCCAACUCACCCCACAAUACUUAAAGAGAGUAACAACAACGAUAGUGUUACGCAUAAUGUUAAAGAGACUGAAGUUGUGGUGAAACAGGAACCGGAUGAAGUGCCGAUAAAGAUUCAGUAUCAGGGUGAUAUCAGCUUGGUUAUUAAUAUAUCGGACUCGGAGAGUGAAGAUGAGUGCGGCGUUCUAACGUUUUAACACGUUCGACACUAAGAGCUCAUGAACUUUGCUCAGGAGCCGGGGAACCCGCUGGGCGGGUUCUUCCCACAAGCGGGCGAAAGAUUACGACGAAUCUGACGUAGUGAGCGAUUUUUGAUUGGAAGUGAAUGUGUUAAUAGUUUAUUUAGUAAAAUCAUGUUUUUUAGGUUCGAUUUUGGCGAAAAAAACUGUCGUGUAAUUAACAGGUGCAGUUUCGGGGGCGAAACCAGAGCAGUGCCAAAAAUUUUGUAUUGAAAAUAAACUGUGUGGGUUGGACAUGGACACAGUUGCAAUACGAGUUUAUCCCAGCUUAAUUAUGAUAUGAUAUGAAAAUAAAUGUGCCUUUUUGGUGUUUAUAUUAGAUUUGAUACCUCUGAAAAAGAAGGUGUCUGUCGCUAUAUUUUUUUUAUUUUCUGGGCGCGAUAUGAGUUAGCUCAAUUUUACAAGUACACAGUGCCGCUCCGGUUUAUCACGGUACUCAAAAAUCUGCAACAGCUUACCUACUCGUACAACGGUAAUAUUGAAUCCAAGCGAUCUUCAAAAACACUCUUUUUCUUCUUUUUCUGCCUUCCGGCCGGAAAGCGUCAAAUUUCAGACAAAAAAAUACUCAAAUCUAUGAUUAAUUGAUUAU